AUGGAACAGCAAGAGAAGGAACUCGAACUGGCAGUGAGCCAGAAGGAGACCGUCGACGUCAACAAUGGCGGUGUCAUGGAGUGGACGAAAGAAGAGGAACUCAAGAUGCGUUGGAAGUUGGACAGACGCAUCGUUCCUUUGUCGUUCUUGUUCUAUAUGCUCUGUUUCGUCGACAGAUUGAACAGCAACGCCCGAAUCUCAGGCAUGGCUGAGGACUUGAACCUCAGUGGUUACCGAUUCAAUAUUGCAUUGACAGUCUUUUACAUUUCAUGCAAGUACACGCAAACAUCUUACCACAUUCUCGUGGAGAUACCUUCAAACAUGCUCCUGAAGAUCAUCGGAGGAAGAUAUUACAUCCCUACGCUCGUCUUUCUGUUCGGAACCAUAUCGGUCGCGACGGCGUUUGUACAGAAUUACGCGGGUUUGAUCGCCUGUCGCUUCUUCCUGGGUCUGGUCGAGGGCGGCGUCGCCCCGGCCAUUGUCUACUACAUGUCCAUCUUUUACCGUCGGACCGAACUGGCAUUCCGAGUCACCAUGUUCAUUACGGGAGCAUCCAUGGCAGGUGCUUUCGGUGGUCUCCUCGCGACGGCACUGACGCUCAUCCCCCGCUGGGGGGCCUCCUCGGCACCUCUCCACACGUGGCGGAACAUUUUCUUCUUCGAAGGCCUGGUCACGAUGCUGGUCGCUUCGUUGGGGGUCUGUUUCCUCCCCGACUCGCCCUCCACGGCCCGGUUCCUGUCCGACCGACACCGCACCAUCGCCAGCCGGCGCAUCGCCGACGAGUACAAGGAAGAGAGUGACGAGAGUGGCAAGGGGGUGAGGGCGCGGCACGUCAAAAAGGCCGUCAUGAGCGUCAGCACCAACCUGUCGGCCCUCAUGUUCUUCUUCCUCAGCGUCAACCUGUCGUCCAUCUCGUUGUUCCUGCCCACCAUCCUCCGGGCGCUGGGCUACUCCGCCGUCCAGGCCCAGCUGAGGUCCGUCGCCCCUUACGUCUCGGCCUGCGUCGUGUCCAUCUUCGUGUCCUGGUGUUCCGACAGGUUCCGCCGCCGGGGCGUCUUCAUCGCCUCGGCCACCCUCUUGGGGACGGCCGGGUAUGGCGUCCUGAUCGGCACGGACACGGGCCAGAACGCCGCCAAGUACGCGGCCGUCUUCGUGGCGGCCAUGGGGGUCUUCGCCGCCGGACCCGCCAGCGUGAGCUGGGGGGUCAACAACGCCGCCGGCGCGAGCGUGAGGAGCGUCACGAGCGCCUACAUCAUAUCCCUGGGCAACUGCGGCUCCGUCGUCGCCACCUGGACCUACCUCCCCGAGAGCGCCCCCCGGUACACGCUCGGCCACGCCCUGAACCUGGGGGCCCUGGCCUGCGCCUUCCUGCUGGCCGUCUCCGCCGUCGCCUACUACAGGUGGGAGAACAAGAAACGGGACCGGGGCGAGCGGGACCACCGGUUGACCGGCCUCACCGACCAGCAACAAAAGGACCUGGGGUCCUCACAUCCCGAGUUCAGAUACAUCCCUUGA